UUCGCAUAUUCACGCAACUGAACUGAAGAAAGAAGAGAAAAAGCUUAAUCUAUUUCAUAGCCAGCCAAAGAAAUGGCGAGUGCAACGCUCUUUGCUAUCUUCCUUCUUUCUGCCCUAACUUUCUACCCUCCUUCAACCACUGCUCAACCUGUCACGGACGCCAAUGGUAACAUCGUUACAAAUGGUGGCCGAUUCUUUAUAUUGCCACGCUUUUUUGGAGCCGGCGGUGGUGGAAUUCGAACUGCCAUAACUGGAAACGAAACAUCCCGUCUCUCUGUUGUGCAAUCUCCCUUGGAGACCGAUGAUGGGCAACCAUGGAUUAUUUUAUCCAUAUUCAAAUCCGGUUUUAUCCCUGAAGACUCUAGAGUGUCCAUUAGCUACGAAUAUGUUGAACUCGGUGACUCUGUUGAGAGUAAUGAGUGGACCGCUGUGGCGGGUCUGCCUGAGGGAACCCUCGUUAAAGUUGGCUACCAAAAUCCAAUCAACGGUUCCUUCUCUAUUCACAGAGCUUCCUCAGCCAAUACAUAUAAGUUUGUGUUCUGUGCAGCUGACAGCAGCUUCUGCGGUAAUGUUGGGAUUGUUCUGGAUGAAGCAGGGAAUAGGCUUUUGGCCAUCAAACAGGACUCUUCAUUCGAGUUUGUUCUUGUGGAACUUCCAUCUGCUGUAUCUAAAUGAAGCACUAUCCAUGAAAAGUCGUACACUUUGUGGGAGACGUAUCUACGAUAUGCUUUCGGAUGUAAUUAAUUACCCAUCACUAAAUAAAUAAUAUAUCCAAAGCUUAUGUUUUCA